UACAGACAGUAACAUGGAAGACCAGACUGGACUGAGAUUUACAAACACAGCGAGCAGAGAAUAUCAAAGCAGCUCCUAACCUGUCUCUCCGAGCGCGUCUCCUUUAUUUUGUUUUGAAGAAAGGCAUUUUUUCCUGAAGUAAUGAGAAUGUUGGGCAUGUACGUGCCGGACAGAUUCGUGCUGAAGUCCUCUAAAGUUCAGGACGGGAUGGGGCUUUACACUGCCAGAGCAGUCAAAAAGGGUGAGAAGUUUGGUCCGUUUGCAGGUGAAAAGCGGAUGCUGAGUGACUUGGAUGAAAGCAUGGAUCCACGACUGAUGUGGGAGGUUCGAGGGAAUAAAGGUGACGUGCUGUAUAUCCUGGACGCUAGUAACCCUCGCCAUGCUAACUGGCUUCGCUUCGUACAUCAGGCCCCUUCACAGGAGCAGAAGAACCUGGCCGCCAUUCAGGAUGGAGAAAAUAUCUUCUAUCUGGCUGUUGAUGACAUCGAGACGGAUACAGAGCUUCUGAUUGGCUACCUGGACAGUGAUAUGGAGGAGGAAGAGGAGGACCUGGAGGAAGACCAGGACAUCAAAGAUGAAGAUGGGAACAGUAAAGAGAGCAAACACCUCAGUGCAGAAACAGAGCUGGUGAUUAAGAAAGAAGAUUACCCAUGUCUGCUGUGUGAGAGCAGCUUCCCCAGUGAAGAAGUGUUAGCUGAACAUCUUCAGAGUCUUCAUCAGCGAGGAAGUACAGAGGACAAAGAGUUCAAAUGUCGCUCCUGCGGAAAAGAGUUUCCUGUCAAACAGGCCCUGCAGCGCCAUGUUCUUCACUGUACAGAGAGCUCAGCUUCAUCAGGAGAUCCUUCAAAAGCUCAUCAGUGUGUCUUGUGUCACAGCACCUUCUGUUCAGAGUCCAGUUUUGAGCAGCAUAAAGAGGUGUGUAAAGGAGAUGGUCGGUUCAUCUGUAAGGUUGAGAGCUGUGGGAAAAGAUUCAGGAGUAAAGACGCCCUGAAGAAACACAAAGGCAACGUCCACACAGGGAGUGCUCGCAGGAAGUUGGUAUGCACCAUCUGUAAUAAGAAGUGCUCAUCCUCACUCAACCUGCAGGAGCACCGCAAGGUUCAUGAGAUAUUUGACUGUACUGACUGUGAUAAAAAGUUCAUCUCCACGAAUCAGUUGAAGCGACACAUGAUCACACACUCUGAAAAGCGUCCGUACACCUGUGACAUCUGCAGCCGAAGUUUCAAGCGUCUGGAUCAGGCCACUGCUCAUAAGAUCAUCCACAGUGAAGAUAAACCAUACAAGUGUAAGCUGUGCUGGAAGGAGUUCGCCCACCGCAACGUCUACAAGAACCACAAAAAGACUCAUUCAGAGGAGAGACCUUUUCAGUGUGAGGAGUGUAAGGCCUUAUUCCGCACCCCGUUCUCCUUACAGCGCCACCUCCUCAUUCAUACCAGUGAGAGAACGUUUAAGUGCGACCAGUGUGACGCCACCUUCAAGCGCAAGGACACACUCAACGUGCACAUUCAGGUCGUACACGAUGGCCACAAGAAAUACAAGUGUGACCUGUGUGAGAAGGCCUUCGUGACGCCGUCUGUGCUCAAGAGCCACAAGAAGACCCAUACAGGGGAGAAGGAGAAGAUCUGUCCGUACUGCGGCCAGAAGUUUGCCAGUAACGGCACACUGAGAGUGCACAUCCGCAGCCACACAGGUGAGCGGCCAUAUCAGUGUCCAUACUGUGAUAAAGCGUUCAGCAAGAACGACGGCCUUAAAAUGCACAUACGCACACACACUCGGGAAAAGCCGUAUAAAUGCAGCGAGUGCAACAAGGCCUUCAGUCAGAAGCGCGGCCUGGACGAACACAUGCGCACGCACACCGGAGAGAAGCCCUUCCAGUGCGACGUGUGUGACCUGUCCUUUAGUUUGAAGAAGAUGUUGAUCAGACACAAACUGACCCACAAUCCCAACAGACCCAUGGCGGAAUGCUCCCUGUGCCACAAGAAGUUCACCCGCAACGACUACCUCAAAGUCCAUAUGGAGAACGUCCACGGAGAGACAGAGGGAUAGACAGUCCCACACAAACAUAUUCAUAUUCACACAAGCCACAUAUAUAACCGUUAUGCAAAGAACACACACAUACACAGGGUAGAAACAUGUACUUUAAGUAGCCAAAGACACUCCAAAGAUCUGCCUUUUCCUACAUGUACAGAAGCAGUUUAUUUCUGACAGACAUUUAACAGUUUAUCACAAGACUGAUCAGUCUGAUUAAACGCCAUUUAAUCACGGCUGCAGUUUCAGAUUAAAAUGGGAGGAAAGCAUGAAAACGUGCAAUUGUACAGAGCAAAGUAUAUCCAUCAUAUUGAUUAUUUUCCUUUUUCUGCUGAUGUUUGUCCUUUUGUAUGUCAGUAUCAGUUGUUUCAGAUUUCAGAUGUUGAGAUGUUGCGUGACCAAAGAGCAUGACGAGCCAAUUUUCUACAUUCGUGCUGAGAGACAGUUUGUUGGUUUCAGUUGUUUACAUUUAACUGUAUUAUCCAAUAUUUAUCAUUUUAUAUAUUUUCAGUGUUCAGGUUCACAUGAGGUUUGUAUUUGAUUGCCAGAUUAGCAUCUUGCGGUUGUAAGUUGGAAAGUUUGCAUCUCAUUUGGAUGAAUGAACGCUUGAAUCACUGCUAUCACUAAUCUGGUCAGUCUGUUAUUUUUUUGGUUAAAUAAACAUUUUUCCCGACCCUGCCCCGUCCAUCUGCGGGAGACUUGUUCCAGUGCUCUGUGGGAUUCGGAAGACGGCGCUUCUGCCCUGAUCACAUUGCUUUUAGUUAAUUGUAAACAUUUGAUUCUUGGUAAAUGGUUGGUGUCGGAGGAAUCGGAUGUGCUUUGAUACUUGAUGAAACAUGCUCGGUUGAUGAUUGUUCUCUAAAGUUGGUUACCAUUGGUUAUAGCGUAAUUAAACCUCAAUGUGGGUUUGGAUAGAAAAGUAAUUACUUAUUGAGUUUGAGAUCCAGAGCACAAAUGCACAAAUUCUGCGUUUAGCCCUUCACAAACUUUUACCUCUAAUAUAAGAUUAAUGGUCACACUUUAGUUUAAGGUCCAGUUCUCACUAUUAACAAACCAUUAACUGCAGCUUUUGCCUAAGUAAACUCGUUUUCACCAGUUU